AUGUGGCUGUCCCUUCUCACCUGUCAUCUCGCCACACUGCUUGUCGCCCGAGCUCAAAAUGCCUGCUUUGGACAGUCCACAUUCAGAAGUCCGGUUAACUCGGACAUCGAGGUCCUGUGUGGCUCUCAGACGGUGCAGCUGCAGAUCCUCAUGUGUCCCGUCUAUUUCAACGGAUACAACGAGUCCCUGCUGGCCCUCAACUCAGAACACUCCAAACUCCAGUGUAAAGGGACUGCUGACUGGACAGCAGACCCGCCGGUUGUCAAAUUCAACUUCUCAAUCACAGAGGAGGGAAUCACCUUCUGCUCCAGCCAGCUGACUGUCACUGAGGAGGUGGGCUCUGGACUGUUUGCAGACUACUCCAAGGUGCAGUACAUCGGCAUCUCAGGCAUGGUCUGCUCUGAGGACCCCGGCUCAGGAGCCAUCACGUACCACCAGGAGGUGAUGUACAGGUUCUCCUGCCGCUACCCCCUGCAGUACCUGGUCAACAACACUCAGAUGAGCGUGUAUGGGGUCAACCUGGCAGUGAAAGACAAUAAUGGGAGUUUCAUCAGCACGCUGAGCAUGAGACUCUUCUCGGACAGCGGAUACUCCUCCUCGCUGCAGAUGCCUUCGGGCGGCCUGGAGCUGAAGACCAGGAUCUUUGUAGAAGUGAAGGCGUCCAACCUGACUGACAGAUUCAACGUGCUCCUCGACCGAUGUUACGCCACAACCUCGCCUUUUCACGCCGACGCCACAUAUUACGAUCUCUUCGUUGGGUGUAACCGGGAUUCCCAGACAUUGCUGGAAGUGAACGGAGUGCAUCAGGAAGCCCGCUUCUCCUUCGAGGCUUUCCGCUUCGUCCAGAGCGCGGAGGCUACCCCCCUCUCCACCUACUACGUGCACUGUGCCACCCGGCUCUGUGUCCACUCCUUCUGCCCUCAGCUCACUCUGAACUGCACCGCUGACACCACCUCAAGGAGGCGCCGCAGCACCACCCAGGACACCUCAGUGAGCGACAUGGCCACCGUCAGCUCAGGCCCCAUCUCCACCCGCCCUGAUUAUGGGUAUCUGAUGGCAUUUGAAGGAAGGAGGAACAUAACAGAGUGGACUCAAAAACGGAAGUUUGUUCCAAUACGAAGAUUGUGA